CCAUCGUGGUAGUCCCACAGACAUAUCUGCGGGUAGCCCUCUUGCACAACCUCUUAGAUAGGUUUCAGUUUUGGUUUGUAUUUGUGUAAGUGUGCAGUAACAACACGUGAACAUGUACGGCAACGAAAAAUACGUAGAUCCGGCGUAUGAGUCUUAUCAAUAUGGAGGACUGGAUUAUGAUCCUCACACUUCAGAGGCUCCUGCUGAGUAUGACUAUGAACAGUAUUCACAAAUAGAUAAAACCGUCAGGGACUUUCUUCUGUAUUUUGCAGAAUGUGUCAAUGAGAGAAUGUUGUUUGAAUUGCAGUCUCUGUAUGAAACUCAUUUCCCAAAAACAAUGGAAGACUCUUAUGGGAAAGCUGCUUGGCCUUCAGAAGAAAUGGUGGUUCGUGUAGUUGGACAAGAUCCUGUAUUUCUAACUCUCUACAAAGAGUUAUAUUAUAGGCAUAUUUAUAAAAUCACUGAGAAGCCUGGCCCAAGUUUGGAAAUUCGAGUUAGGUCAUUCUAUAAUUACUGUGAUCUGUUCACAUUUAUCCUUGGUGCUGAACAUCCUGUGCCACUUGAACUGCCCGAUCAAUGGCUCUGGGAUAUAAUUGAUGAGUUUGUGUACCAGUAGUCAUUCGCUAGAUAUCAAGCAUCGAAAGCAAUUGGUCCAGAAGAAAUUGCUUUUCUACAGUCCGACAAAAGUGUGUGGAAUGUUAUAAAUGUACUGAAUGUUCUGCAUUCUCUGAUUGAGAAAUCAAACAUAAAACGCCAACUUGAGGUUUAUGCUAGUGGUGGUGAUCCAAAUUCAGUAGCUGGAGAAUUUGGCCGUCACUCGCUGUACAAAAUGCUGGGCUACUUCAGUCUAGUUGGACUAUUAAGGCUUCAUUCCUUGCUUGGUGACUAUUACCAAGCCAUCAAAGUGCUGAAGAACAUUGAGCUCCACAAAAAGAGUCAAUAUGCACAUGUCCCAGCAUGCCAGAUCUCAACAUCAUAUUACGUUGGAUUCUCAUACAUGAUGAUGAGACGAUAUUCAGAUGCUAUACGCACUUUCAGUUCAAGCUUAUUGUAUAUUCAAAGGACAAAACAGAUGUAUCAGUCUACCAGUUACCAACAUGAUCAGAUCAAGAAACAGACAGAUCAGAUGUAUCACCUGUUGGCUAUUUGCCUUGUUUUGCACCCACAGUAUAUAGAUGAGUCUCUUCAACAUGCAUUAAGAGAGAAGAAUUUCAUCGAAACAAUGAACAAAAUGCAGCGUGGUGAGCUUGAGGAAUUUCAACAGUGUUUCCUCUACGCCUGUCCCGAGUUUGUACCUGCUACUCCUCCAUUGUCUGACAGUGACACUGAUCUUGUGGAGGAAGUUGUCAAACACCAGAAAGAUGUAUUCAUGGAUGAAGUGCGACAACAGAAGAAUCUCCCCACAAUACGAAGCUAUUUGAAACUGUACACAACUCUUCCUUUGUCCAAACUGGCAACUUUCAUGAGCCAAGGUCAGAGAGAAAGUACAGAAUGGGAUUUAAAUAAAAAAAUGCAAGACCUCAUUAUAAAUCUGCUUUGCUUCAAGCACAAGAUGAAGAAUGUUGUUUGGACUAAGGGUACUUCUGGCCUGGAGGGCAAAUUCCAGUCUGGUUCUGAGCUGGACUUCUACAUUGAUCGUGACAUGAUACAUAUAGCAGAUACAAAAGUAUCCCACCGUUACGGAGAUUUCUUCAUCAGAAAAAUCUUGAAGUUUGAAGAGCUGAACAGGAAGUUACAUUCAUUGAGAGUAUAAUUAUGAAACUGUGGAAACAUUUGUACACUCAGUUGAAAUAUAAUUUGUAAAUGAA